GAAGCUAUCUUAGUUCUGUUACGCUUGAGGAGUCAAUCUACAUCUCUCUAUCUUCAUUUACACACAUAUUGAGUGCUCUUCAUUAGAGUAUCUCCCACCACUCCUUUAGACUCAUCAAAAAUAUCUCAAUCUUCUCAAAACCUCUUCAUUUCUUACCAGAUAUGUGUAAUCCAAACAAAACCCGCGCAAUCACUGUCAGCGAUCGCUACUAUCUCAAUCUCUUAGCCUCUAAACCCUUCGAGCCAACCCCCAAAGACGAAACCCCGUCGCAUAUAUUCUCCGAGGCGAAAGCGUUGAUCAAGCUUUCGUUUCCUAUAGCCCUCACCGCGCUGAUACUCUAUGCUCGCUCGAUAAUAUCCAUGAUCUUUCUGGGCCAUCUUGGUGACACUGAGCUGGCCGCGGGCUCGCUGGCUAUGGCGUUCGCGAAUAUUACGGGCUAUUCGGUGCUCUCGGGCUUGGCGCUCGGCAUGGAGCCGAUAUGUACCCAGGCUUUCGGGGCUCAGCGGCCGAAAUUAUUGUCAUUGACGUUACAGCGAACGGUUUUAUUUCUGAUGGUUUUUUCAAUACCGAUAACAUAUUUGUGGAUCAAUAUUUCACAUGUGCUGAUAUUUCUGCACCAAGAGCCGAAUAUCACGGCCUUGGCGCGGACUUAUCUGAUUUUCGCGAUUCCGGAUUUGGUGACCAACUCGUUUAUUCAUCCGAUUCGGAUUUACCUUCGGGCUCAAGGCAUCACGCACCCGCUCACGCUGGCUUCAUUAGUGGGAACAGUUUUACAUUUGCCCAUAAAUAUUUUGCUCGUGUCACACUUCCGGCUCGGCGUGGCUGGCGUGGCGGCUGCAUCAGCCGCGUCCAACUUGGUGGUUCUCGUGACAGUGGUUUGUUACGUGUGGGCCUCGGGUAUCCACGUGCCAACUUGGGCUGCCCCGACCCGGGAAUGUCUAACCGGGUGGAUGCCACUCAUCCGACUAGCCGCGCCUAGUUGUGUGUCUGUUUGUCUCGAGUGGUGGUGGUAUGAGAUUAUGAUUGUUUUGUGUGGCCUUCUUGUGGACCCCAAGGCCACCGUGGCAUCGAUGGGGGUUUUGAUCCAAACGACGUCGUUGAUUUAUGUUUUUCCUUCGUCGCUCAGCUUCGCGGUCUCGACUCGGGUCGGUAACGAGCUCGGGGCGAACCGGCCGGAUAAGGCUCGGGUUUCGGCUUUGGUUUCGAUUUUUUUGGCAGGCUUGAUGGGCUUCUGUGCUAUGUCAUUUGCUGUACUAGUGAGAGAUGUAUGGGCUCAUAUGUUCACUAGUGAUGUUAAUAUUUUACAUUUGACAUCCACUGUUUUACCGAUUCUUGGCUUGUGUGAGCUCGGAAACUGUCCGCAAACCAUCGGUUGCGGAGUGGUGCGGGGCACGGCCCGUCCAUCCACCGCGGCUAAUGUCAAUCUCGGGGCGUUUUAUCUCGUGGGCAUGCCCGUCGCAAUUGGGCUCGGGUUCUGGUUCGAGUUGGGUUUCUCGGGGCUCUGGCUAGGCAUGCUUGCGGCCCAAUUUUGUUGUGCUGGGCUAAUGUUGUGUGUUGUGGGGUCCACGGACUGGGAGGACCAAGCUAGUAAAGCACAAGCUCUAACAUGUCCCCAAAGCAAAGAGACAAAGCUGCCUAGUGGAGAGGGGAAGGAGACAGUGAUAUGCAUAACUGUGACUUGAACAAAAACAGGGAACUAGUAGUAGAUCAGUUUAGGUUCCGAGAUGUAAUUUUUGAAAUGGUGAUUUUUCUCUAUUUUUUAUCCAACUUUUUCAUGUCAAAUAAAUAACUUUUUUGCUAGAAAUGCGGAAUUUUGUUCCAA